CAAGCGUGAAGGUGAUUCGUUAUGCGACACAUGCAUGAAGAGAUUGUACUCGAUGCAAGCGAGUGCAUUAGUGUCCGACAACUAUGCUGGUAAUUUUAGUGGACCUAUAGAAUGCCUACAGUUUUUCUUAUAUUUUGGGCGGCCGUUGGUGUGGUAUCAGCUAAUUAUGGCAAUUACACAGGCUUCCUGUCUCCGGGCUGCAUCGCCAGUUACCAGCGGAUGUAUAUUACAAGAAGGAUCCCUCCAAGGAACUAUCAGUACCAUCAUGAAGCGAAGAGUCCGGAUCAUUUCAAUUAUCAUGAUGACAACAGCGAAAACUCUGCACCAACCAUUCCGCUGCAAUGGCGAAUUGUAGGCGGUAAGCAGGUGUCUAUUACGGAGGUCCCUUACCAAGUGAUGUAUGGGAAGUACUGCGGGGGAACGCUCAUAGCUCCUGAGUGGGUUAUGACAGCAGCGCAUUGCAGAGACAAAGAACAGUACGUGUAUGCAGGAUCAACAUACCGCAGCCAAACUAUCCCAUACAGAAUCUGCGCCCACUUCAUCCACCCCAUGUGGAACAAUAGCAAUAAUGCCCAUUUCCAUGAUUUCGAUUACCAGCUUCUACUCCUGGAGACUCCAAUCCCGAUAACUCCUAAUUCCCGACCAAUAGCUAUCGGAUCACUUGAGGAUACAGUUCCCGGUGCUAUGGCUGCUGUCAGUGGCUGGGGCCAUACAAAAUAUAAACAAGGAAAGAUGGAAGAUGUGGUACGUAGAGUCUUCGUACCUAUAAUACCAUUUGAGGUGUGCCGAAAGCUACCAAAUAAGAACUACCACAACAUAACGCCCAGAAUGUUCUGCGCCGGCCUAAAAAACGGCACGAAGGAUUCUUGUCAGGGUGAUUCUGGUGGGCCAGCGGUCGUGAACGGUAAGUUGGUGGGUCUGGUGUCAUUUGGAGUAGGCUGCGCUGUUCAAAACCAGCCUGGAGUCUACAGCAACAUCCCGCUCAUGAGGGACUGGAUCCGAUCCGUCACGGCACUGCCUUUGUAAUCGUCUGAAUCUCUCCUUCCAUUUUCUAUUCACUCCUUCUGUUUUCUCUUCUCCCUUUGUUUUAUUUGUACCUCUCUUUUAUUUUAUGUUUUUUUAUUUUCUUUUUCAAUAAUCAAUAAAUAUAUUACAUUAUUUAUAUAU